GUAGCAGAGUAGCAGAGUAGUAGAAAGUGUACGAAAACAAUAACAGACGUAGCAAGUAGCAAGAAGCCAGUAGCAGGAGUACGAAACGAUAAACCAAGUGCAAGCCAAGUGCAUCGCGAAUCGUGUGACUAGAGAGUGAAGUCUCCAUUAGGCGCUACCGACAAGCGACAGACAAGUGCGUGGCUCCGUGGUUCCCAACAAAUGGCCCUUGAGGAUCGCUGCAGUCCACAAACAGCGCCCAGUCCACCAGGUUAUCCCUACGCCACCACCAGCAUCAGCAGCACCAGCACCAGCAGCAUCAUCACCGCCCUCGACAUGAGUCUGCAGCAUCCCCAGCAGAGCCCGCCACCCGCGCCGGUGGCCGCGCUCUACCAUCAGCAGCAGCAACAGCUGCAGCACCUGCACCAGCUGCAACAGCUCCAGCAGCUCCACCAGCAGCAGCUGGCUGCCAGUGCCGGUGUCUUCCCCCAUCCGGCAGUGGCCUUCGAGGCGGCAGCAGCCGCCGCCCACGCGGCUGCACUGCAGCAGCGUCUGAGCGCCAGCGGUUCGCCUGCUUCCUGCUCCACACCCGCCUCGUCCACGCCACUGACCAUCAAGGAGGAGGAGGGCGACUCCAUUAUGGGCGACGGCAGCUUCCACAACCAGACGCACACCACCAACGGCACGGCCACCGAGGAUGAGGACGACGACGACAUCGAUGUGGAUGUGGAUGACACGGCUUCCGGACGCCUGCCCCCGCCAGCCCAUCAGCAGUCCACGGCCAAGCCCUCGCUGGCAUUCUCCAUCUCGAAUAUCCUCAGCGAUCGCUUCGGAGACGCACCCAAGCAGCAGAAGCAGCCGGGAUCCGGAUCCCCAAACGCCUCGCUGGAGUCCCAGGCCGCUGCUGCGGCCGCGGCUGCUAGCAUUUUCCGGCCUUUCGAGGCCAGUCGGGCAGCCGCCGCCACGCCCUCCGCCUUCACGCGGGUGGAUCUACUGGAGUUCAGUCGGCAGCAGCAGGCAGCCGCCGCUGCAGCCACCGCCGCCAUGAUGAUCGAGCGGGCAAACUUUCUCAACUGCUUCAACCCGGCCGCCUACCCACGCAUCCACGAGGAGAUCGUCCAGAGCCGACUGCGCCGCAGCGCCGCCAACACGGUGAUCCCGCCAGCCUCCAAGAUGAGCGAACCCUGCGCGGAGAAGUCCGCCCUGGGCUCCCUUUGCAAGACCGUCUCCCAAAUCGGUCAGCCCACCAUGACCACGACCUUGCCCCCGCAGCUGAGCAGCUCCAGCAGUCUGGCCAACAACCUGGCCAGUCCGCCGCCCGCCUCGAACGCCUCCACGAUCAGCUCCACCUCGACGGCGACCAGCUCCUCAUCCUCCAGCUCCUCGGGCUGCUCCUCGGCCACCAGCUCCCUGAACUCCUCGCCCAGCAGUCGCCUGGGCGGCAGUGCAGCGGCCAAUGCCAGCAGCCCCCAGCCCCAGCCGAUACCACCACCCUCCGCCGUGAGCCGCGACUCUGGCAUGGAGUCCUCGGACGACACACGCUCCGAGACGGGCUCCACGACCACCGAGGGCGGCAAGAACGAGAUGUGGCCCGCCUGGGUCUACUGCACCCGCUACAGCGAUCGUCCCAGCUCAGGACCCCGCUACCGCCGCCCCAAACAGCCAAAGGACAAGACCAAUGAUGAGAAGCGACCCCGCACGGCCUUCUCCAGCGAGCAAUUGGCCCGCCUCAAGCGUGAGUUCAAUGAGAAUCGCUAUCUGACGGAACGGCGACGCCAGCAGCUGAGCGGAGAGCUGGGCCUGAACGAGGCCCAGAUCAAGAUCUGGUUCCAGAAUAAGCGGGCCAAGAUCAAGAAGUCGAACGGCUCCAAGAACCCCCUCGCCCUCCAGCUGAUGGCCCAGGGACUGUACAACCACACGACGGUGCCACUGACCAAAGAGGAGGAGGAGCUCGAGAUGCGCAUGAAUGGCCAGAUCCCCUAAAAAGGGGGGCGUGCGUGCCGAGGGGGUGUGUGCAAUACAAAUGAUGGGUUGGGGUUGGGGUGUACAAAUGGUUCUCAUGUGAUAUAAUUGUAAUAUAUUAUCUAUCAGCUAGCCUAUACAUUAAGUUAUAUAACUAGCAAAUUCGAUAUGUAAGUUGUUGGCGUAUUUAUUUAAACCAUCCCGGAGAGAUGGCGGACAGCGGAAAGUAUUAUGCUAUAUCCGAAAUCAAUCCCAAAUCUAAUAUUCUUCUAACACCUAAAAAAGCUUCAACUUUCAAGCGUUUAUUCCUACACAAAAGAUACAUGUAAUGGAAAGUACUUUAUAUAUAUGCACCUAUGAUAUGUAUCGUCUAUUUAAUCUCUGUAAAUUAAGUAACUUAACUGUUCCCCUUAGCUUAAUUUUGUAGUUUAAAUACAGCCCCACAGAGGAUAGCUAUGAAUGAGUAUUUUUAGUUCUUAAGUCGGCAAAAGUAAAGUCUUGUUAUGGAUCCAAUAAGAGCGCACAAAAGAGAUGCAACAAAAAUAUUUGAAAGAAAAUUCCAAGGAAAUGCAUGUGCUAAAACAAGUUCAAGAAAAGAAAAUCUAUACAAAACAUAUAAAAAAAUGAAUAAAAAAAGAUUUAAAAAAUGUUAAAACAAA